AUGCAACCGUCAUGUUUUCCACCGGCCCAAUGGCUUUAUCAGCCCUUUUGAACAUGUUCAGACGCUCUCCGUCUUUCAGUCUUGCCCCCGGAAUGCCUGCGUUUGGCCCAGUUCGCAUUCUUCCCCCCAAACUGUAUGGCAAAAAUCUAGCUGCUCCUCAACCAAGUCCCGGUCCAUAUUUCACACACUAUUAUGGCUCUAGCUGGCACACAGAUGGUGCUGGCCCAGUGCUAUGGCUUGGUAAAUUUGGAAUAUUCUGGCUGUAUGGUGGAAUCGUUGUGGUCCUUUUCUGCGCAGCGCGUGCUGCUGUCAGGCAUUGGCGAAGCAAGUCAACCGCUAGCGAAUCUCAGCUUGCAUCCACCUGGUCUGCCGCCUCAUCGCCUAUCAAAUCUCGUGGUUCUGCCGGCACGCUUUGGAAGCGUCGACUUAUGAAAGUCAGAAGAGCUGAGGGAAGACUGGCCGACGUACUCUUGCUGCCCAGUCAUUUGCUUGAAAAAGCCACCACUCACUCUUCAAAGCUUCCGUCUCGCUCGUUACGGGCUCAUCAUCAGAAGGAUUGCAUGCAAUGUAAAUCUUGUACAAUCAAUCAAGGGCUUCUCGAUUCAAGCCACCAGCUUCCUCUCUAUGAACCCCGCCCCUUGCAUUGUCUAGCCUCUGGAAGAAGACCCCAGCGAAAAUCACCUCGGAACGACAGUGGUCCUGAGGACGAAGAUUGGGAAGAAAUUGACGAAGACACCGCGCUUCUUUCGUCCACCAGCACGUCAGAUUUCCUGUCCAACCCAACGCCUGUAUUGCUUCCUUCGACCCCCACAUUCUAUCGCAAUCCCAACCUCCCCUCAACUGGAUUUCCCUCUUUACGAGUCGAAGCAAAUGAAGAAGUCGCCCCUGGACUUCCAUCGCCUCUGCUCAACGCCAUCUAUCGAUUGGCGGAGAUGGCUGGUAUUGUCAGUGAAAACGGUCAACGUAGUGACCUCACCUCCAACUUUCCUGCUCGUCCUGAAGACAAUCCUUUUAUUCGCAAGGUGGACUGAACCCCUCAACAUCAGUCAUUGAGUGAAGAGGGAAGCCGAGCAACAUGGUUCCGAUGUUUGCAACAUUUUUGACUUGCCCGAGAGUAAAGUUUUCGUUAUUUUUUAUUGGCCUGUGUAUGUACUGUAGUAUUCCAAGAGAAGCAACGAAUGGGGCCAAGGAUAUGAUGUCAACAACUCAACCAUGGUUCUACCAUGAUU